GUCUUUGGUUGAUUGGAAUGCCUCGGUGUUUAGAUUUUUCGCUUGAUUUAUUGCCCUUUCCCCGGGCGUGAAGGUGUCAUUUCUUUCUUAACAAGAAUUUUCAUGAUAAAAUAUUGCCUUAUCGCAUCGUCUGCUGCAUUGGUAGGACAAACCCAAGGAUCGAUAGAAAAGCUCAAAAAUUAAGCCGGUUCAGUUAUGUAACAGUCGAAACAAAAAAAUCAUCUGAGCGAGCCCCUCGAGCUUUAACCGAAAAACGCAUGUUGAUUUUCGUCAAACAAGCUAGUUUUACAAGAUCAGGCGCCCAAAUCCGGCUAAGCUCAUGGGUAGAGGACUACAAAACAGGUGUCCAAGUGCUACAACUUUUUUUUGGGGCUCCAGUCUUUUUCCCGUCUUCGUUUUGCUGUUGUCAUUUGGCUUUGAAGUUGACGAUUUUUUUUUGUUUUUGCUCGGUGGUCUCAAUUCCAACCGUCAGUUUUGGUUCAUAUUUGACCGGAAGCUGUGCGCAGAUUGGAGAAAUGUGACACUGCGAAAGGGGUUGAGUGUUUGGUUUUCGAUUAUUUUUGAACAGUUUGGAUCUUGAAAAAAUACCAUUUACUCGAUAUUUGCCAGUCGAGAAAGAAACUACUUAAAGGUGAAUUCGGCAAAAUGCAUAAACGAACUCAGCGGGAUACAUCUAGUUUGAUAAUGGUUCGGUACAGGUGUUCCACUGAAUGAAAGAAGCACGUUGAACUUAUAAAAGUGAUUCAGGUGAACAAUUCAAGACGUUUUAAUUCAGUGGGUUCUGAAGGUUGUUCAAGAUGAUCUUACAUGUUGCUGUGGUAAUUUUAAUCGGACUAAGUUCAACGUAUGCUCAAGAAUUUGAUGUUUUUAGCACCAACCGGAUCGGAUUCGGGCCGCAGUUUAGUGCUAAACGAGAUGUACGGUUCUAUCUCUUCACACCGCUGACGGAAACGGAGCCACAUGUAUUCGCGAUCGAUUCAGUUGGCUCGCUUGCCCGAAGUUUUUACAACAGGAGCCUUCCGGUGAGGAUCGUCAUUCAUGGUUGGAUGAACAACUACACUUCGCUGGCCAUCCGAGGUGUGAAAGAAGCCUAUCUAUCCCGGGGCGAGUACAACGUCAUUGGAGUGGAUUGGAACAAGGGUGCCUCGGAGGUGUACUUCCGGGCGUCUCAAUAUACCCUUGCUGUGGGUUAUGUGGUAGCUGAUCUCAUUGAUCGUAUGGUGGAAGCUGGUAUGGCAACAUUGGAUCAAAUCUAUCUAAUCGGCCACAGUCUGGGGGCUCACAUUGCCGGGAACGCCGGAAGAUUGACAUCUGUUGGAAAGUUAAAAGCUAUCUUCGGACUAGAUCCGGCGUCGAUCAAUUUCUUCGAAGAUGAACCGGAAACGCGGCUGAGUUCCGAUGAUGCCGAAUAUGUGGAGGUCAUCCAUACCAAUACGCAAUUCUCCGGAUAUCCACAUCCCAUCGGGCAUGUGGAUCUGUAUCUGAACUACGGGAAGAAACAACCCGGUUGCCUGACGGAAGCCUGCAGCCACGGACGUUCGAUCGAGUACUUUAUGGAAUCACUGUCGCCGGACUGUAAGGGAUUUUGGGGGGCUCGAUGUGAUGAAUACGGUGAACUGAAGUCCAAAACGUGCUACAACUUGAAGCAACAAGCUCUGCUGGGAGGGGAUCCGCCUCGGUGGGAGAACGAGAAAGGAAUUUAUGUGGUGGUUACUGCUGUUGAGUCGCCGUAUGCCCUGGGAUUUAACUAUUGAACAAAUUAUUGAGUGCACAGAUAUGUCCGAGAAUUCUAGCAAUGGCAUGAAAAUAAAAACUGU